AAACGAACAAACCUCAAUUAUCUUGACAUAUCGAGAAACUCUAUUUGACAGUAUUCUAGUUUUGGGAAGUAAUUUUUCCAAAUAUAUAAAAAUUGGACGAAUUCGUUUAAGGAUAAGUUUCUCGUAAUCGUUUCCAUUAUGCCAGCAUAUCAUUCUCAAAUUAAAGAAUUUCCACAAGUAGUUGGAAAUUUGGCGAUAUUGCCAAUACGAACACAAUGUCGUGGCCCAGCCCCAUGCAGCAAUAUUGAAAAUGAUAUUAUCGAUGAGUCACUUUAUUUUUUCAAAGCUAAUGUAUUUUUUCGUACAUACGAGAUAAAGUCUGAGGUGGAUCGAGUGCUCAUAUACAUUACUCUUUAUAUUACCGAGUGUUUAAAGAAGCUGCAGAGAUGUUCAAAUAAGAAUCAGGCUUCUCAAGAAAUGUACAGCCUUGCAAUUUCAAAAUUUGAUAUACCUGGUGAUGCUGGAUUUCCUCUUAACGCAGUGUAUGCCAAACCUUUAACAAGUCAAGAUGCUGACUUAAUGCGACAAUACUUACUUCAACUUCGUCACGAAACUGGCAAUCGUGUAUGCGAAAAAGUAUUCAGUACUGAAGACGGCAAACCAAACAAGUGGUGGAUUUGUUUUGCAAAAAAAAAGUUUAUGGAAAAAUCUUUGUCUGGACCUGGUCAAUAAAAUUAAUUUAUAUUAAUAUAUCAAUUUAUUUCAUAUUAA